AGACUACUCCGAACGCUUCAUCUCAUAUCCAGCGAAUCAUGAUCACAGGACGUCCAAAUCCAUCGGUAGUAUUUGUAACCCUUCGUUCCUCUCAACUGGCGCACGUCCUCAAGACACUCCCUCGCCUCUCCUCCCUGCAGGUCCACUCGAUGUUGUUCACUUGGUUAGACGAACCAAUUCUGGAACUCACAGGUCGAUUUCAGCUCCGAUUCUUGGAACUCCAAGAUAUGCUGGUAGAGGUUCCUCAGUCCGAGGAUGGUGGACAUGGAAUCGACGGCCCUCUUCUUGGGAUCCGUGCUUUUCUACGGAUGUUCUCUAGUAUAUCUGUGAUGCAAUUAGGCGAUAUCGCAUUCUACGGGUCAGUAGAUUCUCGUCACCCUUCGUUUCCUAUCGAAGCACUGGGGACAGACGAUUAUACACCACCCUCUGUCCAGGAGUUGAAUCUCUGUGAUGGAUUCCCAACGUCUGGUUGGGCCUCUCUGAUAUCGAGCUGCAUUAUUUUCGCGCCCUCAGCCUCCCUCUUAUUCACGGACCAGAUGGGUCCCUCAGUCUUGCAGAACAUUUGCGAGGGACAAGCACUGUCCAUCGUCCACCUUCAAUUGACGCUUGGAAAGGGGAUCAGCGAGCCUGUCAGUCUUGCAGGCUUCAACAAUCUUAAGACCCUGAUAAUCAGAAUGAACUUACUGUUCAGUACCUAUGGUCCAGAAGAAGGCUGGCAAUUUUUGUACGAUGUCUUGGCAGUGAUACCUCCGUCCGUUGUCACUUUAGCUCUUCAUCUACGGCUACCUGCACCCGAGCGACUUCCGUUCCCUGAUCCUUUAAAAUUCGCUGAUCUCGACCUGGUGCAUUCCCAGCUUUGGACCCUGCACAAAGGUGCACUACGGUCCGUUGAUAUUCGUCUUGAUACCUUGAAUAUGGAUCGUGCGGACGGUGGAACGUCGUCGUUGGUGCGAAAGGCCUUAAUGGAGCGCCAUUUAGGCUCGUUGAAACAGGAAGGUUUGCGCGUCACGAUUGUCGUACCCUGAUUGAUACCCACAACACUGCAAUCAUCUCUGUGAUCUCUGCUAUAAAGAUUACUGGUCUAGACUGUACUCUUACCUCCGGUUCCGCCGUUCGUCUUCACCUUCUCUGUACAAUAUACUAGAAGCAGAUUUCGCCAAAGUUAUUUUGUGAUGGUCUCGCUGACCACAGUUACUUACUCGCAAGCGAUAUCUAGAACUUGGAAGGUCCCAGAAAACUUGGACAUACGUCAUGUAAAUUCUGCGCAAUGGAAUCGUAGCAGUUUCCUUCGACUCCGCAGUUAGCGUUCAACUACUAUCAAUCUGCUAUCAAUGGCAGAAUUGGCAUGAUCACCUGCGUGAUCAACGUUGCUAAUGGCGGCGUAUAUAUACUAAUCUGGCAGUCCCACUUAUCAUUUAAGCGGGCUUUCACCU